AGUUUUAUUAUCAUUGACGGUGAAGGCAACAGCCAGUGUUUGCCACGUCUAGAGGAGCGGCGAGUGUCACUAGUUUUCUUACUGACCCUGCUGGCAAUUUAGCAGGAGCCUCCUCGAGAUUCUCUCACGGCGCCGCCCAGACUGUCCUGCACACUUCCAGUGCAUCACACCAAGAUGGGCCGGCGCAGCAUCCUGUCCUGGGCCACACCACCCUUGCUGUUGCUCCUGCCACUCCUCAUCACCACCACUGCCAAGCCCACAUCUGUCCCUGCGCCUUCCUCCUCCAUGUUGUCCAGCGCCAUCGUGAAGGGGAGGCCGUCUACACCUGUGGUGGGACAGAUGGACAUCCCGCUGCCCCCUGCCAAUGCCCCCAAGAGUGCAGGGAGCAGCACCACCUCGUCACCACCACCCGGUGAAUCCGUCACUUUGGCAAAGUAUCUUCAGCCUCCACAGAAGUCACUUGAGGCGGUGAAGGGUGCCGGAACUGGCAGUGGUGGGGGCAAGACUAACCCCACUGGCACUGUGGCAAAGGAUGAGGAGACUGACGGGGAAGUGAAUGACAAGGAUGCUGCUGUGGAGAUGAAGGGUGAUGGGGCUGAAGAGGGGGAGGAGCAGGGGCAUCAGGAGGAGGGGAAGGAGGAAGAGGAGGAGGAGGAGGUGAAGGAUGAAGGGUCUACUGCAGUGAGGGACAGUGGGUCUGCUACGGUGAAGGGUGAUGAGUUGCCUGCAGGGAAGGGUGAUGAGUCGCCUGCAGUGAAGGGUGGCAAGUCAGCUGCAGUGGAGGGUGAUGGGUUGACUGCAAUGAAGGAUGAUGAGGCACCUGCAGGGGGGUGAAGGGCCUGCUACAGUGAAGGGAGACAAGGCUGCUGUUAAUGUGAAGGGCAGGGAGCUGGCUGAGGAUAAGAAGCUUGUGGAGUCAGCAGGUAAUGGGGAAAAGGCUGAUGAGUCUGCCGGUCCUAUAGCAAGAGUUAAUGGGACUGAGGGGGCUGGUGCAGGUGGGGCCAAGCCAGGUGAGGGGCAGGGAAAGACACCUGAUGCCCCAGUAAACGCCCCGCAGAACAACACGAAAGAGAACACCCCACAGCAACCAGCUCCUCCUGUAGUGAAACCCUCCUCCUCCACUGCAGCCUCCCCAAAGGUGCAGGAGAACCCCCCACCACAAGCACUGGCAAACACCACCACCACCUCCACAACCACCACCACCACCACAACCACCACUACCACUGCCAAGCCUGUGAUUAAGGAGGGGACAGAAGAGGAGGAGGAGGAGGAAGAGGAGGAGGAGGAGGACCAGGGCGUUGUGAUGGAGAAUGGUGAUAUGGGCCUGUACAAUGACAAUGAUGGCGGCAGAAGAGACCCCAUUGACAACCCUCCGUCGCUUGCAGGAGGAGGUGGAAACAGCAUGAGGGGGGAGGUGAGGUGAAUGAAGGCCAGUUUAGAGACGAUGAAGGAUCCCAUUUCUUCGCCUAUUUCCUGACGGUGAUGGUGACAGCUAUCAUCUUCUACCUGGUCUUCCAUAACAAGCAAAGGAUCAUUGCUCUAAUCAUUGAGGGACGCGCACCAUCCUCCCGUCGCCGCCGCCGCUGCAGUACUGGCUCCCGCGCCCGCUACACACGCCUCGACAACACCCUGGAGGAAGCCAUCACUGCCACCCGCUCUGACAAGGACACACACCGUGCCCUCUAGUGGAUGUGAGGUGCUGGCAUGGCUGUGGUGUGUGUGUGCAUGUAGCAGGAUGAGGUGAUGUGUUAGUGUGUUAGUGUGUGUGUGUGUGUGUGUGUGUGUGUGUGUGUGUGUGUGUGUGAGGUGAGAUGAGAUGAGACAGAGAGAGAGAAAGAGAGAUGUAAUUUUUUUCCUUAAGAUUUAGUUAUUUAAAAAUUGUGUUGUUUUCUUUAUUUUUACUUAGCAAUUUCACUUUCCAUGGUGAGGUGUGAUGGAGAGCUGUCGUUGUGUCUUUUCUUCAGUGUUCCUAGUGAUAUCUUGACCCUGAAAACUAAUGAAGAGAUUUUUUUUUGUUUUCCUAUUUAGGCAAUGACUACGUUGCCUUCUUUCGCAAAUGCAUUUACUCUUUAUGCAUGAAGGAGGCUGCCAGGAGUACGUAAGGAAAAAAAGAGAGAGAGAAAGAAAAAUAACCAGUAAUUUUCUCUCUCCAUAGUAAAAAUUAUUAAUAACUAGAAAUAAUCCUUUUAUUUAUACAUACCAAACAUUUUCUCUGUACUUUUCCUCAUUAGAUUUGAUUAUCAGUUCUCCCUUAUCCUCUGUCCUGCAAAACAUCACCAACCAUUGCAAAACUUUAAGGCAAUGGACUGUAGCCAGCUUUCCAUCCUUCGGCUGACCUUUUUUGUUAUCCGGCUGUGUGGGGGGGGAGGUGUUGGGGCAGGAUGUGGGUAGGGAGCAUGGGUGAUGGGGGACAGAAGGGGAAUGGCAGGGAUGUUGGGGGAAGCAGGAGAGAUUAAAGGAGUAGGGGAGACAGGAAAUGGGUGAGAGAGGGGAAGGGAGGGGACAUGUAGUGUUGUAGUGAGAGGCAGGAAGGGUAUGGGGAGUAGGGGAGGGUAAGAGGAAUGGGUGAGAGAGAGAGAGAGAGAGGGGGGGAAGGGAAGAGAUCUGUAUUGUUUGUUUGGUUUUGUUUACUUUGUUAUUGUGUGUUUGGGAAUAGUGAUUGGGGUUUAGCAGCUGCAUUCACACUGCUGAUAUUACUGUGUGUGUGUGUGUGUGUGUGUGUGUGUGUGUGUGUGUGUGUGUGUGUGUGUGUGUGUGUGUGUGUGUGUGUGUGUGUGUGUGUGUGAUGAAAUGUCUAUGGAUUUAUUGACCCCUAUGUUUAUUAUUAUUAUUAUUAUUAUUAUUAUUAUUAUUAUUAUUAUUAUUAUUAUUAUUAUUAUUAUUGAUGUUAUCCACUACUGACCUAUUGAAGUGAUUAUUCUCUCUCUCUCUCUCUCUCUCUCUCUCUCUCUCUCUCUCUCUCUCUCUCUCUCUCUCUCUCUCUCUCUCUCUCUCUCUCUCUCUCUCUCUCUCUCUCUCUCUCUCUCUCUCUCUCAGCUUAACAUUUAAACUGAAAUUUGACACACCCAUCUCAAAUUAUGUUCUUGCUGGUAAAAUUGUUUGAAUUGUGUAUAUGGAAUUGUACACACACACACUAUUGAUUUGAUUGUUUGAUUGUGAAUCUUUAUGGAAUGAAUAUAACUAAUUAAGUAACUUGAGCAUUGCUGGAUAGGUAAUGGUAGUAGUAGUAGUAGUAGUAGUAGUAGUAGUAGUAGUAGUAGUGGUAGUAGUAGUAGUAGUAGUAGUAGUAGUAGUAGUUAUAAUGGUUGGGAUAGUGGCAUUUUCUUGUGAUACUAAUAUUGUUAAUGAUUCAGAUGUAUAUGAUUCUCUCUCUCUCUCUCUCUCUCUCUCUCUCUCUCUCUCUCUCUCUCUCUCUCUCUCUCUCUCUCUCUCUCUCUCUCUCUCUCUCUCUCUCUCUCUCUCUCUCUCUCUCUCUCUCUCUCGAACAAUUAUCAAUAUUAGGGAAUAUACCUUGUCAUCAUCAUUACCAUUAUCAUCAUCAUCACCACCACCACCAUCACCACAGUCAUUGCCAUUAUUGUAUGUGAUUUUUAGCUAGUACACACACACACACACACACACACACACACACACACACACACACACACACACACACACACACACACACACACACACACACACACACACACACACACACACACACACACACACACACACACACACACAGCUUAGUAAUGUUCUGGAGGAGGUAGGAAGGAUCAGUCAUUAUGGGGACAGAGAAUCCUUAUAUUAAACAUAGCAUCAGUAAAAGUCAGGCGAGUGUAAGAGGACCUGUAUUAUAUCAUUACUAUUAUUAAUUUCUUACAUAAGGACUCUGAGCAAGAACAACAAAAAAUUGAAGAACAAAAGCCCCAUUUCCCUAUAGAGGACAGUUCAAUGCUGCUGUGGUGAAGAGGCCAUGAGCAAUUGAUAAAAGAGAGGUGCAGUUCCCCCCGCCCCACAUCCCAGUGUGACUGUAGGUAGCAGGAACAGACCCAGACCAGCAGAGGUGAUGGCGGAGGCAAGGAGUGCAUGAGUGGUGCAGCUGGAGGAGGCACUACUUGGCAAUACAUGACCUGAGGAGUGUAGUUGUGGUCUUGUGUGUGUGUAUCAAUACCACAUCCACCCAUCUCACACACACACACACACACACACACACACACACACACACACACACACACACACACACACACACACACACACACACACACACACACACACACACACACACACACACACACACACACACACACA